AUGAAACACCGAAAAAGCAACCAGAGAUCACAAACAGCGAUAAGGGGAAAAGUGGGAAAGGGAGGCGUAGGAGUAUUACGCACCUGGCGGGCCCAGCGAGACGCCGGGUGCAUAGAAAGCCGGCUGCUGAGAGGCAUUCAUCUUGACAGAGGCGCACGAGCGAUGCGGUUCGAACAAGAUGAAAUUAUUAAGGAUGGCAGGUCUGGGAUCAGACCAGAGGAUGGGGAGAAUAGAAAAAGAGGAGAGGUCGAAAGUGAAGAACGGGGUAUGCGGGAGUGCAGCAACGAGAUCCCCCGACCCAAAGAGCAAGAGCUGAGCGGACGGGGAGAAGCUUUGCUGAAACAACGGAGGAUGGCUUUACCCGCGGCCGCGUCGUCAGGGAUGGAAAGGAGGGAGAAAGACGAGGAAUAA